AUGGCUGACCAAUUAACAGAGGAACAGAUUGCUGAGUUUAAGGAAGCUUUUUCCUUGUUUGAUAAAGAUGGUGAUGGUACAAUCACCACCAAAGAAUUGGGUACAGUUAUGCGCUCUUUGGGGCAGAAUCCUACAGAGGCUGAACUACAGGAUAUGAUCAAUGAAGUAGAUGCUGAUGGUAAUGGCACAAUUGACUUCCCUGAGUUCUUAACAAUGAUGGCCAGGAAGAUGAAGGAUACAGACAGUGAAGAAGAGAUUCGAGAGGCAUUCCGCGUUUUCGACAAAGAUGGAAACGGAUUCAUUUCUGCUGCUGAACUCCGGCAUGUAAUGACUAAUUUAGGCGAAAAGUUAACCGAUGAAGAAGUCGACGAAAUGAUACGUGAAGCCGAUAUCGAUGGUGACGGUCAAGUAAAUUAUGAAGAAUUUGUUACAAUGAUGACAACAAAGUAA